AUGCUUGUCUCAUAUGAUAUUGUAUGUACCUCCACUUCCACACUAUGCUAUAUAUCAGUAUUCCGGUCAAUCCGAAACCAUAACAAAACAAGUAAUGUUCAGAGAAAUAAAAGUAACCAAGAUGUGAAGUACUUAUUCCAAUUCGUGUUCAUCUCUAUAUUUUACAUUUUCACUUGGGUUCUAUUUGAGCUCCUUCCCCAUAUCGUCCCAACAAAUCAAUCAGAAUGGUACUCUGUUGUACCAGUGCUAGUGACCUUUAAUUGCUCUUCCAACUCUAUUAUCUACCUUUCCAUAAACCUAGAAGUUCAGAAAUCUCUUCAGAUUCCAUGGUUGAGGAAGAAGCUCGUUGGAGCCAAAGCUUCAAGUCAGGUUCAGGUGAUACAAGUUCGUGCCGCCAAAGUUGCUUAA